CGGAACGGACUCAUCAAGGAAACUAAUUCGGCCCCAAACUGAUGCUGGUCUUGGCAAUCCUUGGGCCGUGUUUCAUCCCCGGAUCUGGGUGGGCUGCAUCACCUGGUUGAGGCCGUGGGUUUGCCGAUCUUCGUCAGCGGGGAUUAUCUCCAAUGGUCGGAAGGUGGUGUUUAGCUUACCGGGAUACUUACAGAACUCUCGACACAAAACUGCCAUUCUUCAAUGCACAAGAAGUGGUGCGACUGACAACGGAUCAGCUGCACCGGCAAAGGAGAGCCAUUCCUGUGGAUACGAAGCCAGACGCGAAGAGCCAGUACCAGAGCGUGAAUGUCAACGCUAGUGUGGCAGUGGGAGCUGGAGCCGGGGGAGCGGCUGCGGGGACCACGGUGACCACCGUGGACAGCAAGGCGGCCGGCGGCAGUGUGUCCUACAACGUGCACAACGUCGGAGUCAAUGGCACCGGACAACGCAAGGUCUACAGCGUCAGCGAAGAUCCGGCCACGGGCGCAGGCUCCAACAUCACCACCACCAUCAAUGUGACUGCAAAGAAGCCAACCCAGCUGUUGGCCCAGUCGGGCUUUCCCAAGAAAGUGGUAUCUUCCGCCGGCGCCGUCACCAGCACGGAUCGCCCGGCGGCCGAAAUUGACGUGGACGUGGCCGGCGUCGAUGUGCCCGAGGACGAGAUCAUCAAUAAGGCCAAUAACGAGUCGCUGAUAAGAAGUGAGGACUUCCACGACUACUACAACAGCGUGCUCUACGUUAACAAGGACGAGGUGGCGUCAAUGUGGUCCCACCUGAGGACCACGCCUGAAAACACUCUGCUCUCCUCGUCGCAUCGUCGCGCUAUGACCGUGGAGCUGAAGUUCGACUUCCCCUUCUACGGACACUAUGUGCGCAACAUCACGGUGGCCACUGGCGGAUUCCUCUACACUGGCGACUACGUCCACUCCUGGCUAGCGGCCACCCAAUACAUCGCCCCAUUGAUGGCGAACUUCGACACAAGCAUGUCCAACGACUCGUUUGUCCGGGUGCAAGACAACGGGACCGCCUUUAUCGCCGUGUGGGAGAAUGUAACACUUCAGGAUAAGCCGGAUUUCGGCAAGUUCACCUUCAGCGUGACCCUGCUCAAGAGCGGCGACAUUGUCUUCGCCUACUUGCAAGUGCCCACGCACAUUAACACAAUUCAGGACAAGGAACACCCGGUCAAGGUUGGUCUAUCCGACGCCUACAUCAUCGACAAGCACCUUUACUUUGCUCGACGAAAGACAAUUUACGAGUACCACCGAGUCACCUUCCAGCAGCAUGAGAUUACCAACUCAACCAUCAUUAAGCUGGCGGCCCAGACCACCUGCCUUGGCUACAAUGACUGCACUUCGUGUAUUAACCACAACACUACGUUUACGUGCCUAUGGUGCUCGGCGCUUAAUCGCUGCUCCACGGGAACCGACCGCAAGAAGCACGAGUGGAUCCAGAAGGGAUGUGAGACUGCCGCCAUCCGUGUCUCCGAGAGCUGCCCAGUGCUCGGUGAAAAGGGCAACAAUGCCGCCCAAACAAAGCUCGUUCCCGCGAACAGUGGUGCGAGCAGUGCGACAAGCCCCGCCACGGCGACUACCGGCUCCUCCGCAGUAGUGACGGAGCCCACCGUGAUUAGCACGCGGGCUCCGCACGCCACUGCUCAGUCAAAGCCGGAGGCAAAGACCACCAUUGGCAGCCAUACGGACGGCAAGGUCGGAAACGCCGAGCUUUCGCAGGCGGGAGCGGAUAACAAGAGCGUGGGCGUGGCCUUCGGCUUCAUGGUGCCCAUCUGUUUGGUGUUCGCCGUGACGCUAUGGCUCUUCUACGCAUACCGCAAUCCUCACACCAAAAGCGGCCAGCUGCUCAUCCAGUCAAAGCAUUUACAUCAGUUCCGUCCCAGCCAGUGGUCAUGGAGGCGUGGAGAGGCCCGCUACACGGCAGCCACGAUACACAUGUAGGGGGUGCUCGCCGGAGACGUAGAGGGGUAUGGAGAUCGCGACACGUGGGAGGGAGCUGCAGCUUAACUUUUACAGAUGACGAAGAACCAACCAAUCGAAUCCUGAUAAAGAAGUUUCGUGAGCGAGAAACUGAGAGCAAUCGACAUCAAUUACAAUUACAACAUGGACUAGCUUGUUGGACCAGGCACUGCGCCAAGUUCGCAAUCCUACCUUUUUAGACAUUUUUACCCCUCUGUAAUGUAAUGUUCCAUGUCCAAGUCAAACAAAAGACACAUUUUUAACUGAUUGCCGAGAUUUAGCUUUGAACGCUGCGGAAACAGAAAAUAAAAGCAAAAUGGAGGUGUGUAGAGUAGUCGCAAGACCUAAGUCUGAGUCACAGUCACCCGAAUUCAACAGCUCAUAGAAAAAAGACGACUGGCAACAGCAUGAAGUGAUCUUUAAAUGUAUCUUUUUUAUCUUUGUACCGUAUCGUACCGCCUACCCCAAAAUACCCCUUUGUAUACCCCCGAAAGCAACUACAUAAAACUCUCAGACCAACGGCUCCCACCAGGCCACGCACACACCCGCACCGACACAGUCACAGACACCAAUACCUUAAGCAACUUAAACACACACAAACACAGACACAGGGCAAAGUGCUUUCAAUUGUUUCAUAGUUCAAUUUUUUUAGUCUUUUUAUCUUACUCUGUUUUCUAUCCAGAAGAUGGGCUGUAUAUUUUGUGUGCGUGCGCGUUUUGCUGGACUCUUCGCCAGAAGUUCUUCCUCAUUCUGUGUAUUUUUUUUUCGUUUUUGAUUUAAGUGAGUAGUUUGGCAAGCAAUUACGGGAUAAUUGUAUUACUGUGGACACUCGGCGCAGUUUUUCAUACUGUAUUAUACGCGAUUUUUAUGCAAGUUUUAUAUGUGUAUAUUGCGUGCACGGAUUUCGCGAGCACGCAAAGCCCUUAUAUAUACUUCAUACAUAUAUACUUCUUUAUGUGUAUGUGAAGUAUACAUGGAUAUAUCCAACACAACCUCUUCUUUUUGUUAGUAUUUUUUUCUAUUAAUUAAUAUUAAAAAUAAAAAACCAAUAAAACAAACUUAUAUAUAUAUUGAUAAAUAUAAAAUUAUUACUAAAUGCGGUGUGAAAAGCUAAACUAAAUCCAUAAUUAACUAAUUAAGGGAGACUGGAACAAGAAGAGGAGAUUAAAAUAUGAUUAUUAGAAAUAUCAAUAAAAUCAAACAGAUUAAACGCGAAAGAAAUAAACCGUAUGCAUUCAAGCGACAACAACUAAGAAAAUUGUAUAACAAUGUAUUUUGAUAAAGAAAUUAAACUUGUAUUUUAAGCUCUUCUUAUGUAUACACGAUAAUUUAAAUAAAAAAACAUACUCGAAAAUGAA